AUGAAAAGUGAACGAGUGAAACAUGUUCCCAUUUACAGGUCUAUGUUUAGCGAUUUGUACCGCUUUCCAAGAGGUCAAUUACAGUUAUCUGGAAGAGAUAACCUUCCUCAAUUCAUUAAUCGUGAAUGGCACGGACACGAAAGGGCUAAUUAUGAUCCAUCAGUUCGAAUCCCGCAACAAACCUUCGUAGAUCCUCAAGUUAGUGGUGUCAAUCGCUACAAAUAUCAUAGAAGGCCAAUUAUCCCUUUUCUACAACAAAUUCCUCCUGAAGUUUUAUUGCAACCUACAAAUGUCGAUCCAUUAAAGCCUCCUGAUUAUUAUCACGAAAAGCCACCGACGCCGGCAACUAGAUCUGUGGAAGUUCAAACUAUGUACAGGGAUAGCGAAGCUCAAACAGAUCCAUACACUCCUGAAUAUGUUGUCCGUCCAGGAUCUCAAACUGAGUUGCUAACUUUAGCGACCUUAUCCUACGGUAGAGGUUUACCAGCUGGAUUAGCAGAAGUUGAAAUGAUCGAAAGAGCUAGAGCUAAAAGAGCUUGGGAGGCAAAUUUACCACCACUACAUGACAUGUCACAAGCAGAUAAAAGAAGGAGGAUGAUGGAUGAACAAGAAAGACAAGAGUGGGCUAUGAGAGAAAAAGAAAUAGAAAGAUUGCAGGAAGCUCGAUUGCAAGUACUUCAACAAAUAUUAAAGCAACGAGAAACUGAUCAUAGUGAAUUAAAUACUAAACGAAUGGAUCGCUUAUGGUCGGUUAAAAGACAGGAAAACGACGAACGAAUAAAGAAUAUUCGUCGAGAGCAUAUUAAAGGUAUAAGAAAAUUAAUAGCGAAAAGAGAAAAUAUCGAAGGAAAAUUGACUCGUCGAGAUAUUGGCAAAGAUUAUGCUGAUCCUGGAUCUCAAACUUAUGCGCCCGUUACUCGAUAUGGCGUGUUCAUGGAUCAAGGUUCAGAGAAGCGUAAAGUAAAAAGUCGCCAUCUUGAGACUUAUGAAGGUCUUCUAGAAUUAGAGCAAUCAUUACCCGACUUCGUUACGCAGCCUAGAGUUCAAGUUCCAAAACUUAAAUACGAAGGUAAAUCUUCGGUUGCGCGACGCAGUGCUCGAAGGCAACAAGAAUUAAAAGAAAUUACAGAUUCUAUUGCUGCUGCAAAACAUAAGGCGAAAGAACCACCAAAACCUUUGCGAUUUCUGGAAAAGAUCGAAAAAAUUAUUCCUCGCCCUCCGACUCCUACUGUUACACCACCGGCUGAGGGUGAAGAAGAAGUUGAACUUGCAGUCACCUUCUUGCAAAAAUUAAUCCGUGGCAGAGCAAUCCAAAAUAUGAUGUAUGAAGGAAAAGAAAAGAGAGUCGAACUUAUAGACGAACUCCGCAGUACCCAUGCUUUACAGCUUGAGCAACAAAAAAUGAAAAAGAAUGAAAAGCAAGUUGUAUUAUCCAAACAACGUCAACAUCGUCUGGAUCAGCAUAAGAAUUUCGUUGUUAAUGAAGUCAUGGAAAACCUCCAAGGAGAAAAUAUAGGAAAAAUGCUAGACUAUUUAAGCAAAGAACUUGUCCGUCUUCAAGAGGAAAGACGUAUACAUGCAUUUGCUAUGUUAGCCGAAAGAGAAAGACGAAUGCGAGAGGCAGAAGAAAGUGGAAUGCGUCAAAUUGAAGAAAGAAGAAGAAGAGAAGAAGAUGAAAUGUUCAAACAAGUGGUUAAAGUCCAUCAAGAUACAGUCGAUUCGUAUCUGGAGACUGUUAUCUUGGAAUCCGUUCAAAAAACUGCCGACGAACAAGCUGUACAAGAAAUUAAGGAAACUGCAAGAAAAAUAAAUAUAAUUGCACAUGAAAUAGAAGAUAGCCGGACUAAACUUGAAUCUCAAGAAAUAGUAUCAGAAUUAGUCAACAUGUUCUUAUUUCCUGAAGUACAGAAGCGUCUUAUUCGAGAAAAAGUUAAAGACACUCAACGUAAAUAUUUGAUCGCGGCUCAUGCUACUAUUCAUGGUGAAACUGAAUCAGCUAUGGCAGAGCAUCCUAAUCCAGAGAGGCCCGAUGCAUUCGAUGGGAUGGGAAGAGAAUCUACGAUACCGGAAGAAAGGUCGGAAAGCGCUGCAUUGAUGCAUGAAGAUUCGGAAAUAGACGAAGACGAGAAGGAAGAUAUAGAAAAUGCAGAAAAUGAGCUAAUUAAAGAACACGAGAUAGCAGCUGAUGAAAUGAGAUCAGAAGAUGAAUUUGAUGAAAAUGAUGAAAAUAUUUAA